CCCUCUCACCUCAGACCUUCCUGGAACGUCGAAGGAAGCAGGUGGCGAUAUUCAGGUACAGAAAUCUCGCGUGGCCGCCUCGGUUGGUGGCGAGACCUCAUUCCAGGCGGCGGACCCACACCGAAAACUGUGCCAGAAACCGUUGGUACGCGUCGUAGCGAAGCUCGAGAGUCGCGGGCCUGUCGGCUACGUCGCAAUUGGACGGAGGCGUCGUAAGUCGUAACGCGAUCGGCGAGUCCCGUGGAGUCGACACGUCGGUGAUACCUGACAGGUGGAUCUGUUCCUGGAAUCUCGCGUUCUUCUGUUAGCCCUUUUGGCGCGUUGCGCGUGUCAACGGGCGGCUAUCGCGUCGGGCGACCUGGUGAUUUCAAUGCUCGGCGCGAACGUGUAACCGGAAGAAGGAGUCCCGUCCAGUGACAUCGUGCGCGAUUUUACGGAGUGUCGUGGUUCCCUGUAGGCGGAGCACCAAGGGGGACCGUCGAUAGAAAGUAAGUCGUGUCCGGGCUCCGUGGAGAACAUUCCUGUUGGGACGUGGACGACGAGGUGGCCCGAGGAGAGAUGCUCAUGCUCGAACCGAGCGGGAACGAGCAUCGAGGAUUCCAGUGGACCACGCUGCAGACAAGAUUAUGAGGACGUUGUACGCGGUGUAUACCAGAGCGAGGUGCAGCGCGGACUGAGGGACACGGAACAACCCCAGGAGCAGGAUCACGCAGGAUUACCUUAAUCGGCGAUCAUGUAUCGGCCGAACUUUUACGAGAGCACGUGCCUUAGGUGCGCGCAGACGGUGUACCAGGUGGACAGGGUGGGUCCUCUGAAGGACUUCACCUUCUUCCACGCAGGCUGCUUCAAGUGCGCUAUCUGCGGCACGAAACUGACCCUGAAGACCUACUACAACAACCAGCACACGAUCAACGACAAGGAGGUCUACUGCAGCAGCCAUGUGCCCAAACCUGGCCCGGGGACCUUGGACGGGUCCAGCGUGGGCAUCAGGAGCGCCCUGAACGUUCCAAGGAGCGGUUACGUCAACGAACAGAUCAGAGCUGGCGGUGCGUCACCGCGAGGAGUUUAUCCACCUUGUUACGAUAAUGUAGACUCGCCUAAUUAUGCCAGGCACCUAAACGGACACGGUUCACCCCCGGCUACGAAUUCGUCCAAUCGUGAGUUUCAUGGGAAUGCCGGCGGAGGUGCGACUUCGCCUUACAACCACAAUUAUGCCGGGGACGGGAGCUACCAGUACGGGAGGUUCGACGCGAGUGCUCUUCACAUCGCCCAUGCCCUUAAGCAGACGGAACUUCAGAAGGGCUACAGCAAGGCACGCGAGAAGCCCAUCGAUUAUUAUCUGGACCGAGACGAGCAGACGCGUUUGGAGAUGAAGCAUCGCAAAGAAGAGGAUGACCUCUAUCGAAAGUUUGCUCACCAUCGCGAAGAGGAAGACAGACGAAUUCGGGAGGAAUUCAGAGACGAAUGGGAGAAAGAGCUGGAGCAGCUAUCGGCGCGAUGGGAACGCGAAAAAGGCGGAAGAGUACGUACCCAGCAAUUUCAGCAGGAGAAGGAGGACCUGGAGAAGAACAUGACUCUCCGCAGGGACAAGAAGAAGGAAAGUCUCACGCGCAAAAUGCUGGAGCACGAACGGGCAGCGACUGCGGCGUUGGUGGAGAAACAGAGCUCGGAGAUGUUGGAGCUGAUCAAUGAGGCGAGAAGCGAGUAUAUGCGCCAGGAGAGCCUGUACCUGGACGAGGGGGACGGUUAUGCCCAGGAAGCACCCCCUCUGCCUUAUCCAUCGCGCGCGCCACCCCCGCAACCUCCAGCCUUGGCCAAGUAUCACAUCUACAACGAUCCUCUGGAGUUUGCUCACAUGGAUCAGAUAGCUAUUUCGGUAGCCCAAGAAGAUCAGAAAACGUUCACGGACCUAGUGCGACAGUUGGUGAGCAGAUGCGGAUCAGAUAUAGAAAAGGCGAGGACGAUAUUCCGAUGGAUCACCGUGAAGAAUCUGAAUACCAUGCAAUUCGAUGAAAAUCUACGCGGAGACACGCCCAUGGGGUUGCUGAGGGGCAUCAAACACGGAACGGAGAGUUACCACGUUCUGUUCAAGCGAUUAUGCAGUUACGCAGGUCUGCACUGCGUUGUCAUAAAGGGUUACAGCAAAUCGGCUGGAUAUCAACCAGGGGUCUGUUUCGAGGACAACAGAUUCCGAAACAGCUGGAACGCGGUUUAUGUGGCUGGCGCGUGGAGAUUCGUUCAAUGCAAUUGGGGAGCACGACAUCUCGUCAAUGCCAAAGAAGUUCCUCGUCCAGGUCAACCGAAAGCCAAGAACGAUAGUCUGAGAUACGAGUACGACGACCAUUACUUCUUGACGGACCCGCGGGAGUUCAUCUACGAGUUCUUUCCCCUCCAGGAAGAAUGGCAGUUGCUCAAACAACCGAUUUCACUCAAAGACUUCGAGGAGCUGCCUUUCGUUCGAUCUUUGUUCUUCAGGUACGGCCUUUACUUUCCGGAUACGAACACGAACGCCGUUAUGUACACGGAUUCGACGGGUGCAGCGACCGUCAGGAUAGCCAUGCCAGCGCAUAUGCAGUCUUCCCUCAUUUUUCACUACAAUCUAAAGUUUUACGACAACGACGGCGACGGCUACGACGGAGUGUCGCUCAAGCGUUUCGUCAUGCAGUCCGUGGUUGGGAACAUAGUCGCGUUUCGGGUGCACGCGCCAUGUUCCGGGGCUUUUCUUCUGGACAUAUUCGCGAACGCUGUGACACCGAAGGAAUAUCUGACAGGUGAACCAAUGAAGUUCAAGAGUGUGUGCAAAUUCAAGAUCGCCUGCGAAGAACUGCAGACGGUAAUGGUACCAUUGCCAGAUUGCGCCAGCGGGGAAUGGGGUCCCACAAAGGCGACCCGAUUGUUUGGACUCAUACCGAUCACGCAUCAGGAGGCACUGGUAUUCGCUGGUCGCGAGCUGGAGAUCCAAUUUCGAAUGUCGAGACCGCUGACCGAUUUCAUGGCGACGUUGCACAAGAACGGGAUCGAGGAGAAACGCCUCUCCAAAUACGUCACGCAUUCGAUCGCCGACGACGACGUGGUGACUUUCUCGAUCAGCUUUCCCGAGGAAGGCCAAUACGGUCUGGACGUUUACACCAGGGAAUCGACCAGCCCGACGACCGUCCCUCACGAUAUCACCGGUGAAAAGCACUUGCUCACGCAUUGCUGCAAGUAUUUGAUCAACUCCAGCAAGCGGAACUAACGCCAUCGCCAAGCAGUUGUACAGAGUGGACCGAUGGCUACAGUGAUGCAUUCUACAUAUGUUAUAUACGACUAGAACCUAUUCCGCUAGUUUUAGACGAAGACAUGUCGCGUGCAUCGUGGAAGAUCGGCAAAUGUGCUUCGGUUUCCUUUUCGACCAUCGAUGUCUUCCUUUUGUCUCGGAAUAGGUUUAAAGUGACGCGAAAGAACUAAUCAGCAAGAUUAACCUUUACUUGCCAGUAAAUUAUCCGUUGACUAAAGAAACUAUUGCGACAAGUGUUUGUUCGCAGAGAAGACGGGAACGAACAUACCGUUUCGAAUGGAUGCGCAAGAAUCCUUGGGUGCGAGCAGUCUUGAGAGAUCGAGUAUAAAGUCACGAAGGUUUCUUCUCGUUUGCCAUGAGUGGCCAAUUAAUCUUGCCCAGACGCUAAUUCGACAGAACACUGUUAGCGUCGGAGCUUUCAACGCGUGGACAAUGUAUAUACUUACUUACAAAGGGUAAAGGUAUCCACGAAACAUUUUGUACUAGUCGUGCACAAAGAGAUGCACGCUUCAGAAAGAAUGGGACCGAUUCGGACGGACAGGUGCAAACUCUUGACGCGCGACUCGUACGAGAACCAUUUCGCAAGAAUCAACGCAGUAACCCGAUUAUUCCGAGCUGACGCGCUACCUCCACGUUCUUCGUAGUUAAUAAUAACGGUAAGCUUACUAAUUUGUCGAUGUCAAUUAUCGAGGAAGAAUUAUGUUUAAUUUCAGCACUUGUCGUAUCACGAGAUAUAAACGAGCAGCAUAAUCGUGUCGGAAGCGUAAGGUAUAUUUAAUAGGACCCUUAUUUAAUUCGUUAAUUUUUCCAUGCCAACUGUCGUCCGUGUUUUCACGUGAAAGUUGGCAAUUAUAGUUAACUAGCUUUUGGAGAUCGUGCGGUGCUCCCCGACCAAAUAAAUCAAACUUUCUCGCCCUCCCUCCCCACUCCGCCCUGGUUACCAGUUCGAAGCGUUAAUCCCAAUUACCUCGGGUCGUUUUCAUUCAAUCCCUGAAAUCGCGUUUACGAAUCGAGGAGCAUCGUAUAUGUAUUUUAUUACGCGUGGUGCUUUGCGUAUAGUAAUUAUGGACGCAAUCGUUUCGAUUCCGUUGGUCGGUGGUCGACGUUGAUUCGAGCCGAAGAAAUACCGAUGGGGAUGAUUCAUCGUGAAAUAGUGAAAUCGACGAUCGACGUUCACGACACUGUAUGGCGUAAAUAAAGUUACUCGAGUACGGUACGAUUUAAAGGGCGGGUGAAGGAGGGCUUUGAAUUCGUAAAAUUUUGCGGUUACGGCGGUUUCCGAAGUUCAGGUGCUAUAUGUUACUCUGUCACGACUAAUUGCACAAUUCUAGUUAUGUUUGAACGCGAGAAGCGUGGCUAUGCUAAACUCUUUAAGAGCUUUGCAGGAAGGAACCUUGCUAAAGGCUUUCAUAUUUUUUUAAAUCGACAAAUAUUUAUUGGAAUACUUUUCCAAACAAAAAAUCAAUAAUUUGUUAGUUAUUCUACGCGAUAGAAGAGGAAAGUAUAAGUUUUCUUUCCUGCAAGAUAAAAUAAUUUAGCGUUUCCACUCUUUCCACGGCAUGACGCUCAGAGCGAACAAAAAUUGUUUGUAGUAAUAAAAACUAUAUAUUUGUUA